GCCCGUGCGACUCGCAUAGAUAUCCACACACACACAUCCACAUAGAGACUCUAACAGACACACACACAUACACUCCCGCACACGCACGGAGUAUCCGACUACGACACGCGAAUAGUCUCCAACUCACACAACCAGUCGUUUAAGUAUACAUACGAGUAUCCGACUCGCACACAGUCUCAAGCACACUCCUACACGGACACCGACACAACAUCAUUACAACCCACACACAGACGCAUACACAACACAUUAUUCUAAUCCACAGACACACACUCUCCAACUUGGCACACGGAGGUUAUCCAACACUCGCGUCACAUACUCCGACGCGCACAGCCUUCAACGCAACACCGAGGACACAUACAAAGAUCCCCCGUAUAGCCUCAACAGACUGUUGGGGUAAGUGCUGUUAGCGAACACACAGAGACACAAGAGUCACGUGCCCAAGUGUCUACAUUCUCUAGGUGUUCAUUCCGAAUUGCUGCGUUCAAGCUCCUCUGCGUCCUGCCCUUCGAGUAGCGAACUGUUUUUGCCACGGGCCCAGGCUACUGACAUCUCUCCUCCUCCUGCACCUCCACCAAACACAACCCCGGCGCUCUGCUAGCAUGUGCUGAAACUCCCUCUUCUCUGCAAAGCCAGGCAGCAAACCGCGGUGAGCAAUGGCCAACGCAGACCGUGCCAUGAUGGAGCAGAUGGCGCGGCUAAAGCUUCGGCUGCUCGAGAAGAAACUGGAGCAGAAAAGGGAGGGACGGGAGGACGGACUUAGCACGGCCACCUCCAGUGGCAGUGACGGGAACCAGGAGGCCCUCCACGGGGCCCUGAGGCGUCGCAAGGACCUGCUACACCGCCUGCGGGAGCAGCACAUGCUGGACGAGAUGUCGCGGCCACGCUCGCGCGGGGACAGCCGGAGGCGGCAGCGUUUCACGCCUCCCGUCGUGGUGCCGCGCUUCGUGCCCUUCAUCGCCCCGCGCUACUUGCCGCCGCCGCCGCCUCCGCCGCCGCCGCCCGCCACCGCCGCGCCGCGCUUGGAGCCGAUCCACAUCUACCAGCAGGCUCCUCCGCAGGCGCCUCGCAUCAUCCAGCAGCAGAUGCCGCAGCAGCCCACCACCAUCAUCCAGCAGAUGCCUCCACAGCCGCUGAUCCAGCAGAUCGCGGGGCCGGCACCGCUACCUCCACUGCGCUCGGGCAACAUCAAAGAAGACAUGGUGGACCUCAUGAUGAUGCAGAACGCCCAGAUGCACCAGGUGGUCAUGCAGAACAUGAUGCUCAAGGCCAUGCCGGCACCAGCGCCGACCCCGGCACGCGCCGUCCCACAGGACUCCUCGCCCGAGCAGCCGGGCGUUCACCACCACCACUACGGUCCCCCGCAGCCGCCACUGCCGCCCAUCGGCUUCCCCGGCUGGCCUCAGUCCGGUGUCCCGUACGCCCACGGCUCUCCCUUCCCGAUGGGCGGCUACCCGGGGCUUGGAGGAGGGCCUUACGGGACUGCGCCGUACCACCCCGGCUACCAGCAGCACGUGGCGGGUGGGGCCAUGCCACCGAUGAUGCCGGUCCAAACUAAUUGGUGAUCAGUGUGAGACUCAUCAACUCCGCUACACUUGGAGAACACAGUUUACACACUGGGCGGCCGCCUGGAUUCGAACCCGGGAUUAUCAGCGGUGCCGGUUUAAGUGCUCUGAACUUGUGAGACACGAGGCCACCUCCACAAUGUGUUGCUUUCUUAGAAACACGAGCCGGUCAUUUUGACCGUGCCCGUCUGUAACACCGUCUCAAUGACUAUAAACCCACCGUCUACAUUCACACGAAGGUUAGGUCGAUUUACUUGACAAAGUUGAGAAGUGACAUUGAUGAAACGAUCUGCGCAAUCACAUUUUUAUGCUCGCAUCUACAAAUAUUUAUCCGAAAUAGAGGGGUUUUUUGGGGGUUAAAUCGCGUACAUAUCAAUGUGUUGUUAAAACCGCCACGACCCAAACACAGGUCAUGGAAAUGAAACAUGCCAAUUAGUUACUAGUUCAGCACACCGGUGUGUUGGAGAGUAAACCCACAACAUUUACAAUUCGACGUUUCACUGGUAAUUACAACCAGCCUCAUCAGGCAACAGUCAGAAUAAUGGAUAAAUCGUGUUCAACUUACAAAUAUUUACCUUUAAAAUAAAAGUUUUUUUACUAAUAUGAGAUUAUUUCAACCGAUAUUCUUCCACACGUGUAUCUAAGGUACUAACGAUGCGUCUAGUGAAUACAUUAUUAAAUUGCGUUGGCCAUACCUCUGAUAUUCUCUGUAAGAUAUCCGCGCUGGAACAUUUAUUUUUAAAAAGUGGAGUCAACGUGAAUGCGUUUGCUCCUCUUGGGUCGAAAUUGCUCCGAAGUUGGGGCGAUUAAAUAAGUCCACCGAACGCAAAAUAAUCGUACAAUUUGACAAAGGUGUUUUGUCACAAGUUGGUAAGCUCUAGCCAACAUUUGUUUCUUACCGCAUGAUGAUUUAAAUGUAAUGUCGAGUUUAGAUUUCAGAUAUUUACCGAGCUGAACACGUGAUUGUUCUUUGAAUUCAAAGCAUCAUUUGCCAAUCCCCCCCCCUUAAUUUUACUAGAAAUCUGUGCUCUUGGCACCAAGCUGUGAGACUUUUCUGUGUCCGUUUGUAACUCCUGCAAAGCGGUUGCGUCACCCCCAUGUUAAAGAAUGACUUGUGGAAGGUGACAUGACAGAACUACGUCUGAGAUCUUUUAAAAUUGACAUCGUUCCCCGUACUUGGGCUUGCCAUAGGUUCCCACUCGCCCCACAAUAGAGAUAAAUUGUCAUGGGAAAGUAAAUCUGACUGAAAAAAAAAUGAUUCUCCGAGAUGGAUAUUUUUUGCACCAAAUAAAUUUCACGUGAUGGAUGUUUUUUUUAAUUCUUCUAUGCACUCAAUGGUGAUCGUGCUGAGACCGUAAAUUUGCGAGACUUUUUUUUUUAACUACGGGUGGUUGAAACCCGGCUUCCAACACAAGAGGUCAGUGGUGUCUACUCCUGUUCUCUGAGCCACGCGGUCAAUUCUAAACCGACCAUUCUUUAAUUGCUCACA